UGUUUAUCCCAAGAAAUCAAGGAUGAAUUACCUUUAGAAACUUUAUUGAUGUAACUGAACUCAUAAACAGAGCGAAGCAGAAAACCCGUAUGAUCUCACAGACACAGAAAAAGCAUGCAACAGCUAGUCUUUUAUUUAUUGUGUUUUUCCUUAAAAAACGCAUGGUGUUUUUAGAAAUUUUUUAAAAGUUCAGGGCCGCCAAAACCAAACAAAAACCAGGCAGGAGCAGGAGAGAUACUGCAGUCUCCAUUCCGGUGUAAGUCCUAUCACAGCCUUUGCUCUGAUGGCUUCCUAAGGCCACUUUCAGGUAUGUGUUUCUAUGACCACAAAUAGCAUCUUUGGCAAGUCGGGUUUCGGCUUGGACUUUAUCCAACUCCUGGAUUCCAUGCAGGGCCUGAGAAGCCCUGAGAAAUAAAAAAUUAAUCAGGCCCGGUGGACCCUGUGGUUCUCCACCUCCAAAAGGGCCAGCCUCUCACGCAAUCAACCCGAGACGGGUUCUCUUCUCACUCCGAAUCACUGACUCUGCCAAGAUUGACAGAUGAGAUCGCUCCAGAGACUGGUUGGGUCUGCCCUUCGGUCUCUCCUAAUUUUGCCCCUCCUCUAGGGAAAGAGUGGGGACGUCGGUGUGGAAUCAAAGGUUGUGCGUGGUGACACGGGCCUCCCCGGGACUGGGGGCUCCCCGGCCACGGUGGUAGGCAGGGGGGCCCGAAAGGGGCAAAAGGAAGGAGGGCCCCGGUGGGUGGGCAGGGGGGCCUGAAAAGGGUAAAAGGAAGCGUGACAGAGGGGCCAAGCGGGCCAGCGGCGAAGGUCGGAGGGGGAACGAGGCAGGAACCGGCAGAGAUUCACUCCGCGGGAGGCCGCGGGCGAGAGGACGAGAGGCCAGGGCCAGGAUCGCGAGAGAAUCUGGAGCGCUCCGGUGACCUCGGACCAGAGCUCCCUUCUGGUUUGUGGAGAUGAGCCCCAGGCCUGGCCGACCAAGGAGUGUGUGGCUUUUCCGCCUCAAAACUACGGAAAGGGAGGGAAGGAGUAUGAACCGGAGCGGCGCUUACGGCCUCAGAGCCAGGUGACCUGCAGGAAACACCUCACACCUCACACUCCCUGUGCGCCUACGCAGGUGUCUCGGGCGCGCGCCUCGGACAGAGGUACACUUUGCACCAGCCUUCCGCUUACCAGAGCGCCCUCAACGCCCACUGCGCUUGCGCAUCCGCUUCUGCCUCGAAGAUAGCACACGCUGCUUCAACGCCUACGGCGCAUGCGCCAUGGCUUUGUGCUCUCCUUCUGAGAGCCUGCUGAAAUGACUGCACCGCCCUCCUCUCGGCGGGCGUGCGCUUCCACUCCGCUCGCCUGUGGCAGCGGCCGUCCUGAGCCGAGAAGCUGGCUAGCUCAGGCCCCUGUUGCUGCGAAUGCUGGAGAGAUGUGUACGUGCUUGAUGCCCGCCUGAGAUUGGGAAAGAUCUGAAUUCCGAAACACGCCCGGCCCAGAUUUAGGGCAGUGUCCUGCUCCUGACCAUCUGUGCGGCUGGCAUUGGUGGGACUUUUCAAUUUGGCUACAACCUCUCCAUCAUCAGUGCCCCGAUGUUGCACCUGAUGCUGACCUGACCCAUGUUGAUGUUCAGUGGUGCCCAUGGAAAAGGUGAAUCUUCCAGCCCAUUGAUAAAAACUGGCCUGUAACUUAAAUCAGAAGGGUGAGUGUCCUGUCCCAUAGCUGGGAAGGUUGUGGGGCUGCACACUGUAGGUGCAGGGGAAAGAGCUGCAGGAAGCAGGUCCCAGGACAGAAGUGCAGCUGUCUUCUCCCUGCCUGUCCUGUUCCCUCUACCCUCCUCAUUCAGUGACAAGAGGGCAACUGUACCAGACUGACUUCCUGCCAGUUGGAAACCCCCAAAGGAAAGUCCUCCCUAGUAGUUCCAGCUGAAAGGUCUGGGAAGAGUCCGAUUGGCUGAUUUGGAUCAUAUUCAGGCCAGCCAAUCAUGUGAUCAAGAGGUGGAGCCCUCCCAUUGGCCAGUCUGAGUCAGAUGACCACCUUUGGACAGGACAGGCUGUAACUGGGGAUGGGAGAGAAGUCCCCAAAGGAAGAGAGGAUAGCCUAGCAGAAGCCAGGGUGGGACCACAUUCUGGGCAGAAACAGUGAUAGCAGCCCAAUGCCUUAAAGAAAGGAUGAAAUUCAGGGCUUAGAAAGGGAGGUCUGAGCUAGCUGUAUUUGCUUGUUUAUUUGUUCAUUCAACACACAUGUGAGUGCCCACUUCACAGUACACUUACAGGCUGGAGAAGGAUCCACCUGCAACAGGCACUCUUGGGCUUUAUCUCCCAUGGGCCAUCCCCAGCCUCCCAAAAUAGGACUUUCUUGGCCUCAGAGGCUCCUCCUAAUCCCCUGGAUGGUCAUUCUUGAGGAGUUUCCGCCAAGGGACAGGGAGGCUUGCCCUGGUCCUAGCUCCCCUGGACAGUCUUUCCCCCAGAGGGAGCUGGCGGGUGCUAGGCUUGACAGCCAUUACCCUGAGCUGGCCUGAGCAGAGGAGAGCUGUCCCGACCCUUAAACUCACUGUCCUCCUCAGGUCCUCCCUCACAUCCUGUUGGGAGGCCUGAGAUCAGCCAGACACUGACAUUUCAUCUCUAAGCAAGUGAAGUAUGCCCGGGUCUUGCCCAAGUGCAAUCCUUCCUAACCAUUUGGCCUCCAUUCACUUCCCUGAAACUGAAGCUCUGGGGGUGGGGCCCUGGGGUGUCCUAACUACCUGGCUUCAGCCCUGACCUGUGGCUGAAGCCGUGGGCAAGUCCUUCCACUUCCCCAGGCCUAGUGCCAGUCUAAACAGUGAACACAGUAAUGUGUAUCUAACAGAGUACUUCUUUUUUUUUUUUUUCAACGUUUAUUUAUUUUUGGGACAGAGAGAGACAGAGCAUGAACGGGGGAGGGGCAGAGAGAGAGGGAGACACAGAAUCGGAAACAGGCUCCAGGCUCUGAGCCAUCAGCCCAGAGCCUGACGCAGGGCUCGAACUCCCUGACCGCGAGAUCGUGACCUGGCUGAAGUCGGACGCUUAACCGACUGCGCCACCCAGGCGCCCCUAACAGAGUACUUCUAAGGGCUGUGAAAAUUGGGGUCCCAAGGAAAUGAGUGGCACACUCCAGAUAAACCAAGCAGGUUUAGAUACCACAAGGGAUGAUUUACAAAGGUUGAGUGGGGCAGAGACAACACACAAGACCAGGGAGAGUCCAGUAACGCCAGAGUCAUUACUACUCCUACCCCCAAAGGGACUCUUGGAAGGAGUCUGGAAACUGGAAAGAAAGAGCCAUAUGGAGUAGGACCCCUUGAGAGGAGCAGUGACCUUUGGUUGAGUGUCACAGCCAGCCUGGGGUGACCUGGGAACAAACACCCCUUCUGCCUCUCUCUGAUGCCCUGCUGGUGCUCACCAUUGGCCAAGUCCAAGUCCAACAGAAAGCCAGUCAGCAAGGAGCCCCCUGAUGCAGGUGGAUUCUUGGACCAAAAGCAGGAGGACAAGGGGUGAAGUGGACUCUGAAGGGCAAACAGAGACUGUUCCUGCCCCCUGGCUGGGGAGCAGUAUUGCUCAGGACUUGGUGCCUGCUCUGCAGAGGCAGAGCCCUGUGGAGGGGAAGGCCUAUUGUAUCCAGCCUGUCCCUGGGAAGUUGACCGGUAUCUCUGUCCACAGCCCAUCCAGGAAUUCAUCAAUGAGACAUGGCAGGUGCGUACUGGCCAGCCACUGCCCGACCACCUAAUUCUGCUUGUGUGGUCCCUCAUCGUGUCUCCGUACCCCCUGGGGGGCCUCUUUGGAGCACUGCUUGCUGGGCCCCUGGCCAUCAUAUUGGGAAGGAAGAAGUCCCUCCUGUUGAAUAAUAUCUUUGUGGUGGCCACAGUGACCCUGUUUGGCUUCAGCCACAGACCAGGCUCCUUUGAGAUGGUCAUGCUGGGAAGGCUGCUCUUGGGAGUCAGUGCAGGUGUGAGCAUGAAUGUCCAGCCCAUGUACCUAGGGGAAAGCGCCCCCAAGGAGCUCCAAGGAGCUGUGGCCAUGACCUCAGUCAUCUUUACUGCCCUAGGGAUUGUGAUAGGCCAGGUGGUUGGACUCAGGAAACUCCUGGGGGACCCACAGGCCUGGCACCUGCUGCUGGCCAGCUGCCUGGUGCCUGGGGUGCUCCAGCUUGCUUUCCUCCCUCUGCUCCCUGAGAGCUCGCGCUACCUCCUCAUUGACCGUGGAGACAUGGAGGCCUGCCUGGCAGCGCUGCAGCGGCUGCGGGGCACCACGGAGGUGGCGGAGGAGUUGGCUGAGCUGGAAGAGGAGCGUAUCUUCUGCCAGGGCCGGCGUGCCCUGCGCCCAUGGGAGUUGUUCCAGGAUCGCGGGCUGAGGAGACAGGUGACAAGCCUCAUGGUCCUGGGCAGUGCCUUGGAACUUUGCGGAACCAACUCGGUGAGGCUCCCCGCUGCGUCCUUCAACUGGUUGGGGGUGGGAGGGCUGCAGACCACAGGCAGCUGGCAGCCCACCCCUCUGCCCCCCUGUCCAGGUGUAGCCUACGCCUCCUCCGUGUUCCGGCAGGCCGGGAUCCCCGAGGGGAAAGUCCAGUAUGCUAUCGUGGGGACUGGGAGCUGCGAGCUGCUCGUGGCCUGUGUCAGUUGUGCAGUGAUAGAGAUGGUGGGCCGCCGGAAGCUGUCGAUAGCGGGGUAUGGUCUGAUGGCCUGCUGUGGAAGUAUCUUUACAGUGGCCUUGUGCCUGCAGAGCCCCCUCCCCUGGAUGCCCUACCUGGCCAUGUUCUGCGUCUUUGCCUUCAUCCUCAGCUUUGGCCUUGGCCCUGCCGGAGUGACAGGGAUUCUGGCCAUGGAGCUCUUUGACCAGAAGGCCCGGCCUGCUGCCUCUAUGGUCUGCCGGGUGCUCAUGUGGACCAUGCUCUUCCUGGUCAGGCUGGGGUUUCCCUUCAUCAUGGAGGGCUUGUCCCACUUUCUUUAUGUGCCUUUCCUGGGUGUUUGUGUCUGUGGGACCAUCUGUACUGGCUUCUUCCUUCCCAAGACCAAAGGCAAGACCUUCCUGGAGAUCUCUGAGGAACUUCACAGACUCAACUUCCCUAGGCAGAGCCAGGGCCCUGAGUGGCUGGGCCCGGAAGUCAUCCAGGCCACAGAGCUGUAGUUCUGUAGGUGUGGUGGGCUCCAGAUCCAGCGGCAGCUCUCUUCUUUGCUUCCUGCCCAGGGUCCCAGCCCUCUGCGUUCCCUCCUUCCUGCAUUCAUUUGUUUAAUGAGUGCCCAUGUAGCACCUACUGCAUGCAGGCUUGGUGCUAGGUGCUUAGCAAUCUGUGGUGAGCCAGAGAGAUGGGAUCAGGACCUACUGGUGCUCCCCAUCUAGAGGCAGUUAACUAACAGGCAACCAAUCAAAACAUUAUUGCAAACUUGGAGAAAUGCAGUAGGAGAAAAUACAGAUUAUGAAGUGAGUGCAUACUAGGGAACCUGGCCUAUCUGAGGAGGGUGGUCAGAAAAGAAUUUUCUGGGGGUACUUGGCUGACUUGGUCAGUAGAGCAUGCAAUUCUUAAUCUUGGGGUUGGAAGUUUGAGCCCCAUGUCAGGUGUAGAGAUUACUUAAAAAUAAAAUCUAAAAAAAAAAUAUUUUUUUUUCUGAGGAACU